GUAGAACUCGUCUGGGAAAUCUUAGGCAGCUCGCCGAAUAGAUUCAAUUCAUCAGAUUGGGUAGUGGGAUUCGGACGUGAGAGUGUGCCUCUCGAUUUAUGAUCAGAUGAGUUCACAACAUCAGGAUGGAGGGAGAUCUUGUUUGAUGUGAAUAUCAGCGCGAUAUUGUUGCAGUCAAGCAUAUUGAACAACAAGUCGAUAUUAUACAAAAUGAAAACAAACUGGUUUAUUAAGAUCUUUCAUCCACUCGAUAAAAAAUGAUGUCGCCUUUUUCGUCCUCAUCUCAGUGCUCUUGCUCCUCUUGUUCCUUCGAGGAAGGCUCGUCGUGUAUCAACGAGCCUGGUGCGAAAAUACCUCGUCGCCCCUGCAAUGGCACAAGGCUGAUUUCCAACAAAAGGCGGCUGCGUCGUCGCUCUCUUUCUCUAUCAGCAACUGCUCUCACCUUGUUCGCGAAUCCAGCGUUUCACUUGCUACUCAAAGACGCGCUCGCCGGUGACGUGAUUGACUCGUGCCGAGAGAGCAUCAAUAACUUCUACUUUUUAAGGCCUUGUUCAGAGAAGACACUUUCUUCACUUGCUUCUUGCUCCCGGGCACUGCUAUGUACAACAGCGUUGUUUUUUUCGCUUGGUUUCCUUUCGUCUAGGAUUCUCUAAUCUUUGGCCUCUACGAAGAUGAGAUCGACGGAGUACCUGUCCUCACGAAAGCUGACCCGGACACGAAUGAUACAGUGCAACUGGAAUGGGCUAGAUAUGCUCAAUGCAUUCGCUAUGUGAGAAGGGAUCCUUUCAUUAUGGCAACCUAAGAGUUGGAGUAAGAUUAAGAAGCGCAAACGCUGUCCCUCUCAGUAGAGCCAGCCGCGAUUUUUUCUGAAUCCGCUUCUAGGAACGAGAGAACUUCUUCUACGUCGGAUGACAUUUAAACAUUAUUUGCAUUUUCGUGCUAACGUCGUACGUAGGUCCACCGAGGUUGGGCAAGAAAAACAACAGCCAAUCAGUCCCCCGAUCUUCUAACCUCUCCGCCCGCGAGUAUCUAGAGAGCACCCCACCAGGUUACUCCGUUGCCCUAGGUCGCCAACAUCCGGUAUUGUUGACGCCGGCAAAGCCUGAUUUGAGCAGAUAUUUUUUGAUCCCGGCGUUGGAUUUUGUGGUUGGCGGUUUUGUCAAGCACAGUGGCGUCUACGACGUCACGGAGGAACACGUAUUGCGCACAUUGGUCAGAGAAAACGACUGCGUCAUCGAAAUCGGCAGCAAUAUUGGGAGCUAUAUUAUGGUGGAGGGGGGGUUGAUUUUGCUUUUCGUGUUGUUUUGACAGAGAUUCCAGCAAGGACAUUCAGUCAACAAUUUAGAGAUUUGGGCAAGGACAUUCAGUCAGCAAUUUUUUGUCGCUAAGUUUGCAAUGAAAAGACAUCAUAUAAUGUUGUUACUCGUCGAAUAUUCAAACCCGAUCUCCAAGUAUCGUCAUUCCUAGUACCCAAGCCCUUCUAUUAGAGUCUGUCUAAUCUUCCAGUAGUGCUUGCAGAUGAAGUCGGAGUAAAUGGAAGAGUGUAUGCCUACGAGCCUUUUCGGAAGAUAUUUCAUAUCAUGAAUGCAAACCUGGCCUUGCAAGGCUUUGGGAACGUGGUAACGAGGCAAGUGGGCAUGUCAAAUGUGACGAUGUUAUGAAAGAAACACGCAAUUUGGUACUCUGGACUAAAAGUGAUAACUUCCUUUAUCAGUAGAGUUGGGUACAACCAGAGGAGGGUUUUGAUUUCUAUCUCCAUGAAAUAGGUUCGCAAACAUGAUUAUGCAACUUAAACGGAACCCCAAAAAGUUUCCUCCUGAUCAGCAACUCCCAAACCAAACCGAACUUCUCGCAAAGGAAACCAAACCUCUCCUUUCAUAGUUCUUCAAGAGCGUGAAUGCGCCAGACCUGAACGACUACAUCAAUCUUGGAGCAGCACGGGUCUUUCACCAACAGAAACCUGAGAUUGCCCAUGUCCAUUUUGAUGGGAUGGAAGAAAUCGAAGUGGAGACGUUGGACAACCUUUUCCAACGUGGAAACAUUAAAUGCGAUUUGAGUGUGGUGAAGAUUUAUGAUUCAUUCUUUACUUGGAGUUGGAGGUUUCAGUAUUUUUUCUGAUCUCCCCUCUAUACGUAGUCUGAUAGUACAUGCGGGAUGCGAUGCGAGAGGCAUGAGGAUUUGAUAGGUGUGCAGCUAGUUCACCUUCAAGCACUGAGUUCUCCGCUUUAAAGCUUAUAGAUGACCUCCUUUUAGACAUAUUGCAGUAGAUGAGGCUUACCUCAUCUUGGAUAGUGAAGAUAAAGAUAGAUUAUCAUGUGAGUAGAAUGAUAGGAUGUAGGUGAUUUCUAUGAAGAGGGGGAACACAAAAGAAUAGAUGGAUACAACAUGAUCACUGACCUUAGUAGGGUGUUAGAGUUCAAAAACUACUUGUAACCAACGAACAAGAAUUUCCUGGUGUAUACUUGAUAGGAUACAUCAAUCGUCUACCACUCUUAGCUCCAGGAGGGUCGUUGAUCUUGAUUUCUCUCUCCAUCUGUGUUCAUACUCUCGAUACGGAGGGCAUGGAACUUGAAGUGGUACAGGGUGGCUUGAAAUUACUCGAGACGUAUUCGCCGAUAAUUUACGUCGAAUCCCAGCCAUAUUUCGCGGAUGGAGACAAGCGAUUCGUUAACUUCAUGGAAGAGUUAUGGAGAUAUUCGGAGUCACAGUUGUCUAUCAAUCUCUGUGAAGAUAUACGAAGGUGUCGACUUUCACUCCCCGUUAUAAAAGAGUCAGGCUCUCUCUAUCUAUUUUCAAUAUCGAAUGCUGGUUGUCAUGUACGGUAGUGUCUACGUGUCUACAAUGAAAUUCAAAUUUCUAAAUCAAGAAGCCUCAUACACCUGCCGACCAGUCCAGAACUUGGAGAUGCAUGAGAUUUUACUUUGUAUACCUCACGCGCGCGCAGACUACUGGAACCAAAGACUUGCGGAUGACUUCAGAAACGGCUAAAGGUUAGGAGAGGACUUCAGAAACGGCUACAGAACGCAAAUAGUAAAGUUGUAGCCAAAUAGCUGUUGUUCAGUGCGCAUAGUGAAGUUUUUACAUAGUGAACAAAAUUAGGAAGGUGGGAAGAAAUGGACAUGUUGGGUUCAUAGGAUUUGUUCUUGAUGAAAGGCUAGCGCCCUGUGUUGUAGUCACAUAUUUUUAAGCGACGACAAUCAAAGAGAAAGAUCAUAUUUCUUGAGAAUAAAGGUAUUGAAAGGACAACAAGGUAACUGAACUCAAUAUUCGAUUAUCACAACUUGCAUACAUAAGGACUAGAUCGAAGCAGCCCGCAAUACGACAUGAGGAAAUUCAUGAGCCACAAUAGUAACAAACAUUGACCGAAGACAUGAUGAGACAUUUACUGGUGAUGCGUCGAACUUUCGAAAAUCUGAAGAGACGAACUUCGAGGAAGAAGGUGAAAAUCUGUGAAGAAAUGGCACCAAGUGGAAGAUGAUGAAACUCGUG